UUAUUCCCCCUUCCAUCUUCUUCUUCAACAACUCUGACCUAUAAAACUUGUCUCUUCCUUCCUUCCUUAAACCACCACUUCUCUAUUCCCUUAAAUAACAGAGAGUGCUAUUUAAGGAGACACACACAAACACACACACACACACACACACACACACACACACACACACUAUAUUUCCCUUAUAAAAGCAGCCAUCAUUAACAAAACCUUCCCCUGCCACCAGUUACAACCAUAAUUGAUCAUUACCAUUCAUCAAUCAUCUACUCUUCUUCUACCUUUAUCAUGGCUGUUGAACUGCACAGUGGGGACACAUCGCAUCACUCCAACAGCAGCAUCAACACCAACAGUUCACCUUUAAACCCACACUUUCCUCCUCACUCUACCAACGCCCAAGGGAGAAAGGACAUGGACAACGAUGAUGAUCUCCUUGCUGAGCUCACUCACCAGAUGCAGAUGGCACAAUUCAUGCUUCAAGAAGACAACAAAUUCGACUUCCCAGGCAUUGGUUCUGAGAAUCUGGAACCGUGGGAAUCAAUUGAUUGGAGCCCUCAAUCAACUCUUUGGUCACCUCUGUGCUCAAAACAUGGGAGUUCUGAAGGGUUGUCAUCUAAAGAACCAUCACCACCAACUACCCCUGAUAAUACCCGUGAUUGGGAGAGUGUCAACGACAUGGUUGGAAUGCUUGAGAAGAUGAAACUUGACGAAAGAGGAAGUUCCAAAUACCACUCUGGUUAUGGGGUUGGAGUUUGCUCUGACCAAUCUCUGUUUCAGGAACAAAUUAGAGCAACCCAAAUGUCUAGGCUCAGGCAACAGCAGAUUCAGUCUCUGAGGAAAAAACUCACUGAUCAUAGCCACAAAUCACAGCAAUUUCAGAGGAAAGGUAAAGGGGUUGGUGUUGUUGAUGAUGAUGAUGCUGGGUUUGGUAACGAUAAUGGCAAUGGAAGAAGGAAUCGUCAAACCAGACCCGGUUCACUGCACCAGCAAACCGGUUCGGAGAUGCAGGCGAUUUUCCCGGGAAGUUCCGGUUCAAGAGCCACGUCUUGUGGGACCGGUGUUUUCCUACCACGUGCCGGAACUAACGCCCCAUCAUCGUCAGAGUCACGUAACAAGAGACCAGGUAAUAAAGGUUGUCCCACAGUUCUUAUACCCGCCAGAGUAGUGCAGGCUUUGCAACUGCACUUUGACCAAAUAGCUGCCACUUCUGGACCCACCAAACCUGCUGGCUUCCCCGCCCUAAAUGAUGUUUUAGUGAAUAACAGGAAUGGCCUGUAUUCACUGCAGAAGCGGCAAUCAAGGAGAAAACCAGAACAUGUGCAGAAUGACAUGAUUCUGCCUCGAGAGUGGACCUAUUGAAGAUGCAUUGAUCUUGCAUUAGCAGCUACUGUCUCUCUUUUUAGCUUUAUAAACACAAUUAUUGAUUCAUUGUACUAGUAGUGAUGCUCUCUUGGUGAAACAAAUAAAGAAAAAGGUUGGAAUAGAGGAAUAAAGAAAGAAAAUACCUCUGCUUAAGAUAUUAGAUUAA